UAUACUGAAAGUUGUUAUAUUUAAGCGAAUUAGAACAUUGUGAUAAAGUAUUUUUUAAUAUACAGUUAAAAUUUAGUUUCAAAACUGUAUAUAUUGGUAUUGGUACAAGUUAAGUUAUUAAUUCAGUAACUUCAAAAUGCAAAAGCAUACGUUUGAAAUUUGUAAGGUUGGUAACAGAGUUUGUAGGCGUAGUGAAUCGUAUUGUAACUUGUGUUCAAAGUAUAACCACAGUUUAGUUAGUGGGUACAGUACAUCAUGUAAUGUGACUAAGAAUGUAUCAAGCAAUAUAUUAUUUAUUCCGUAUAGACUGUGCAAUAACUAUAUAUAUACUGGGAAUCUGUACUCAGGUUGGCAUUCAAUAAUUUUAAACUUCUUAAAAUCAAAUGUUCUGUUUAAACAAAAGGGAAAUUUUUUUAUUUCAACAAGCUGCAGUAAUAAUAGGGUCACAUAUAACAAACUUUAUACCACUACCAGUCAUACAUAUACUUCUGUGGAUGAUCAGCAAGAUGAAGCAUCAGCUUCUACUAAUGACUUAAGUCAGUUGUUGAAUAAUGAUCCUGAACUGCGUUCAAUUCUCCAUGACAUUAUGAAUGAUUUUGAACCUUCACCACCAUUACCAACAAAAAAAAGACCAGCAAAGUCCCAUACACCAUCUAACAAGUCUACAGAAGAAGAUACAUCUGAUACUUCAAAAUCAAAAUGUGAAUGUAAAAUUGUUGAUAGAAGUAAGAAAAACUGUGUAUCAUCGUGUUCACGAAGUACAUUUAAAAAAGAUGGUCUCAAAGUAAUACAAGAACCACACAGACAUAGCCAUAAAAUUGUUUCAUUUUACAAGAUUGGGCCUGGAAUUAGAUUUUAUUGCAGCAAUGGUGGGUUUUCAUCUGAUAAAGAAUUAUCUCAUUCUGUGAAGGACAAAUUCAAACAUUUUAAGGACGAAGAUGCAGAAGUUAUCUUGGACGUUGAUGAAAAACAGCAAAAUUUAUUGCAAGAUUCAGAUACUAACACAGAAGGCAGUGAAUUGUACCUUUAUCAAGAAAAACAAGAUGAAUUUAGGGGACUUAACUUAGAAAGAGGUAAGACUGGCGUAUUUGAUGUUGAAGAGCUUGUGGAUCUGUUGGCGGAAGAGAAUAUGAAAGAUAUUGCUGUCAUAGAAAUUCCAAAAUCUGUCUGCUAUGCAGAUUAUUUGGUCUUGGCAACAGCAAAAUCACCACGUCACUCUCGUGCUGUUGCACAAUUCAUUCGUAAGCUACACAAGAGAAAAAAAAUCAAAGAUGAUCCGUACCUAAAUAUUGAGGGCUUAGAGAAUCGUGACUGGAAAGCUAUAGACAUGGGAAACCUAGUUUUGCACAUAUUUCUACCUCAAGCCCGAAACCAUUAUGACAUCGAGACUUUGUGGACAGUGGGACAAGAGUAUGACAACCAGAUUCAUCAGAAAGAGGAAGAUCCUGUGCUAGACCUUUUAGAACAACACAGGCUAUUUUUGCAAAAGAUUAAACCAUUGCAUACGGAAGAAAAGAUCUCAGAGCCAGUGAGAAACUGAUUUCGCUUUGUUCAUAAAUAGGUUUUGGAGUCGAUGAAAAAUUAAUGUUUGUUUGGGUGAGGCAUGAAUUGUAUACUUCUUUUUUUUAUGUAACUUACAAUAAUUUUCAAAAAAUUAGAAAUGGUCUUCCUACAUUAACAAAAUUAUAUUGGAAAUUUUGGAGACCCAUUGUGUUUUUUUCCCCUUUCCCUAGCACGAAGUUGGUACUUAUUUUAUAAUAUGGAUGUUUAAAUACCCUGUAUGAGACAAUUAAAUGUAAAUUCUCUUUGUUUACUGUCAGUUUAAAGAAAUUUAAGGACUAUUUUUUUUAUAUGUGAUAGUUGAGAGUAACAAUAAGUAUGCUGUCCAUUUGUCUCAUUUAUCAACAAAGAUUGUGAUUUAUGUAUAUUUCACAUACAUUGAACACAGAAUAAAAAUAUUCAAGUAAAUGUGUAACAUAUUUGGUGAAGUUAAAUGGAAACAAAACCAAGUAACUAUGUACCUGUUAUUUCUUUUUAUUUAAUAGCUUAAUUUUGAUCACUGUGUUAAAAGUUUGCAUACCUUAAUAUUCAAAGCUUUUCUUGUCCAGAUUAUCGAAGUAAACAUGGUUCUAAGUAUCGUAUAGUGAAUUUUGUUUCACCUACCAUGUGAAAUUGGCAGAAACUAUAUUCCAUAGUUGUGUAACUGUCAACCAGUGAGAGCUUUUAAUUAAACUGUUUAUACUGUUAGCA